AUGGAUCACUGGAAACGUGGAGCAAAAGUUUUUAUCGGACCAGAAGUGAAUUGUCGAACAGAAGCUACGAUGGCUUCAUCUCAAAAUUUACCUUUAAUUUCACAUAAAUGCAAAGAUCAGACUGUCAGCGAUAAAAAAAGAUAUCCAACAUUUGCUAGAACAGUACCAGCAGAAUCAGUUAUCGCUCGUUCAUUCAUUGCUUUGUUAAAACAUUUUUGUUGGUACAAAUUUGUUGUUAUAUUUGAAAAUGCCCAUGCCAAUGUUGAAUUACUUACGGCUAUUAGGCGCCUUUUAGAAGAAGAAAGUCAGCAAGUUGAACAACAAAAGAAACGUUCAGAUCCCGUAAAUGUUUGUAAAGGUGAAAGGAAAUACACAAUUUUGAAUGUUUCUUUAGUUAAUCAUCCUUUUAGCGAGGUUGAAAAGACAAAUGUUGAUAAAAUUCGUCAAAUUGUGGAUGCCACAAAAACUGCAACUAGAAUUUAUGUUACUUUUGGAAAUGUUCGUCUUUUUAGAAGAAUUUUACUUGAAAUGGGUGAAAUGGGGUUGAUGUCUAAUGGGGAAUAUGCACUUCUUUAUUUAGAUACUGAUUAUAACUGGUUGAAUGUUUAUCACGCAAUGAAUAAUCACUUUUUUCGAGAUACUCUGCGCAAGUUGAAUGAGUCCUGGGACAAUCCUGAUUCUAUGGAUAGGAAAUUAAUCGGUUAUUCUAGAUCAGCUCUUGCAAUAAUUCCGACUCCUGUACAACUCAAUUCUAAAAUUUUUACCGAUUUUUGGAAAAAAGCAAAUUCUUACCUACCUAAUUUUGGUGUUCAUCAUCAUGAGACUAGCUCCCCAAUAAAGGCUAAUCGUUUUGCUUGUUAUCUUUACGAUGCGGUUAUGUUAUAUUCUCAGGCCCUCCAUGAAACAAUCAUGGAUACUUUAAACAGAACCUCUUCUAUCUCUAAAGUAGAUGAAUCUAUUGAAAAUGGAAGGGAAAUUAUUUCUAGAAUAUUAGGCAGAAAAUAUAAAAGUAUGCAAGGUUUUGAUAUGCGUAUUGACGAAAAUGGCGAUGCAGAAGGAAAUUACACCCUUUUGGCACUUCAGGAAGUCGAGCCGGUUCUUGACGGUAGCAAUCCUGAUUAUUAUCCACUCAAAGAAGCUUUAACAAUCACUGCUGACUUCAUGGCUCAUCCAAACCCGAUAAACUUACCUCAACUUAGAUUUCGUCGUAAAAUUCGCUGGCCUACUGGGAAACCUCCAUUAGAUGAACCUGAAUGUGGUUUCGAUGGAGAGAAGUGUAAAGAGGAUGAAAGUUCUUCUUGGUGGGGGACUGUGCUUUAUAUCGUGCUUGUUUCUUUACUUUUAAUUUUUGGGAUCGGUGCAAUUAUUGCCUUAUACAAAGGAGCGCUUGUGGCAAUAAAAGAGAUUCGUUAUACUAGAAAACCAAAAGAAUUGACAAGAGCGACAAAAUUAGAAUUAAUGAGAAUGACAAAACUUAGGCAUGACAAUGUUAACAAUUUUUUGGGAGUUAUUCUCCUUCACAAUGUUAUUUGUGUUGUUAGAGAAUUUUGUCCAAAAACAAGCUUGAUGGAGGUUUUACGAAAUCGUGAUAUUAAAUUAGAUUCUCUUUUUAUUGCUUCAUUUACUGAAGAUCUCAUUAAAGGAAUGAUCUAUUUGCAUGAAUCGGAUGUCAAAGUGCACGGGAAUCUAAAAUCGACGAAUUGUUUAAUUACCUCCCGUUGGGCUUUACAAGUCGCUGAUUAUGGAUUACAUGAAUUACGUGAUGGUCAAGAAUGGGAAAAUCCACAGAUUAUGAGCUAUCUUUGGACAGCGCCAGAGCUUUUAAACCAGUCCGAAUUUUGUCGCGUUGUUAAAGGAACACAAAAAGGAGAUGUUUAUUCAUUUGGAAUUAUUUUACACGAAUUAAUUGCUCGUCAGGGGCCGUUUAAUUUAAUUAGAGAUUUUAAUUGUUUUACUUAUGAUGAGACAGAAGAUAUUUCGAGUGCUGAAGAAGUUGUUAGAAAAGUGGUUGCUGGGAUUGGAUUCAGACCAAGCUUGAAAGGCUUACAAUGUCAGGAUUAUAUUGUGGAUACAAUGGAAUUGUGUUGGUCUGAAGAACCUGAAUUUAGGCCGGAUUUCCGCCAUGCAAUUCGUCACAAGCUUAAACAACUUUUUGCUGGGACUUUACACUCACGCAAUUUAAUGGACCAUAUUUUGGUUAUGAUGGAAAAAUAUCAAAAUCAAUUAGAAGACUUGGUUGAUGAACGGACAAAAGAACUGCGAGAUGAGAAAAGAAGAACUGAUUUAUUACUUCAAAGAAUGUUGCCAGUUUCUGUAGCUCAACAGGUUAAUAUUAGAGUUGUACCCCGACCCCGAACCCCGACCCCGUUCCCGAACGAUAUUUUCACGAUUCUCCCCGACCCGAACCCCGCCCCGAAAAAAAGUGAAAACCCCGUUCCCCGGCCCAAAAAGUUUCGGGGUUAUCGGGGUUUUAUACCCCUAAAAUAUGUCAUUUUUUGGAGAAAUUAA